ACGCACUUUGUAUCCAGGUCCAAUGUUUUUGUUUCUGUUGGAGCUUUGAGCCUCAACGUGAAGCUUUAGCCACAUUCAGGAGAUGACAGCGAGGGUUUGAAAGCGGAGAGGAAACCAUCCGCUGUAGUCCCACGAUACAAGAUGUCUAAUAACUUGUACUCUGGCGGUGUCUGUUUCCCUCCAUCAGGGGACGAGGAGGGGGAAAAGGAUCCAGUUGUCAUGGAGGGUGACGACGACUGUGAAACCAGGUGGAGCGAGGAGCUCAGGCUGGUCCUCGUCGGGAAAACCGGAUGUGGCAAGAGUGCGUCCGGAAACACCAUCCUGGGCCGGGGGCAGUUCCUGUCGCAGAUCAGCGCGAGCUCCGUCACGCAGGUCUGCAAGCUCGGGAGCACCGUGUUCGCCGAGGAAGAAGUCGGCGACGAGGAGGAGGAGGGUGGCAGGGCUGUCACGCGGAGGAGGAUGAAGAGAGUCACGGUGGUUGACAUGCCAGGUUUCGGGGACACGCUCCUCAGCGUGGAGCAGAUCCGCGCGGAGAUUGCCAAAUGUGUGUGUCUCUCUGCCCCGGGGCCACAUGCCUUCCUCCUGGUGGUGCCGAUAGGACGAUACACAGACAACGAGAACCAGGCUGUUUGUGAGAUGGCGGAGGUGUUUGGGGAGGAGGCGGUGUGUCACCACACAGUGGUUCUUUUUACCAGAGGGGAUGACCUGGAGGGAAUGGCGAUCGAAGAGUACCUGAGGCAGACUGCACCUGCUGGGCUCAAGGCUCUGAUUGACAGGUGUGGGGGCAGGUACCAUGUUCUCAACAACAGAGACCCCGGUAACUCGACGCAGGUUCGAGAACUCUUGAUGAAGGUGGACAGAAUGGUGAAGCAGACUAACAGAGGGUUUUAUACCAACAGCAUGUUCUUAGAGGCUGAGGCCGCUAUCAGGGAGGAGCAGAGGGUGAUUUUGGGAGGGCAAGAGAAAGGAGAGGGGGAAGAAGAAUGGGGAAACAGCGGCAGCAUGGAGGAACAGGCUCAGCGUAUGAAACGAAGAAAGUGUGACCUAGAGUUUGACACAGCAGGAAGCAGCGCAAGAGGAACGCAGGGGUUCAGCAGGAGAGAGUUGGAGAAUGGAAAUGAAGAUGAAGAGGAUGUAUGGAUGGAGAGAUGGACAGAGGAGAGCAGAGGCAGUGCUUUCAGCCUCCUGAGGGACAGAAUAAAAAAAUGUAGGUACCCGUUCGGAAGCAGGCAUAAGGGCUGCAGCAGGGCCGUCAGCAGGCGACAGUCCCUGCGUUCGUCCUUGAUUCGCAUUAGGCAGGAGGCUGUGCUCUCCGCUAAGGUGCUGGAGAGAGUUAAGAUCCUGGUGGCUGCUGGAACCACAGGCCUGGCAGUUGGGGCAGUGUUCGGCGCUGCUGCUCCUUUAGCCGCCGCAGCCGGGGCUUCCCUUCUGGGAAAUUCGGUUGGUUUUGCUGCAGGUCAACUAGCCGGGAUGUCUGUGGCGGGAGGCACAGGUGUCGGGAAAGCUGUGGGGGCCAUAGUGGCAGCUGCAUCGGGAAAAACUGCAGUGGCUAUGGGGGCAGCAACAGGAGGGCUUAUGGGUGGCUCUGUGGGAGCCAUUGUUGGUACUACGGCCCCCAGUCCCAGAGAGGGUGCUUUGGAUGCUCUUGGUCAGGUCAGCCUCAUAGGGGCCUCUGCUGUGGGGGUGGCGGCAGGAGUAGGGGGCUCCUUGGGAGCUGGCGCUGCUUUAGGCACAGUUUUGGAGGGAGCAGCUUUCAGCACAGCAGCCCUCAGUGCAGCUGAAACUGCGGCAGUUGGGGCAGCAGGUGCAGCCAACGCCUCUAUAGCUCAGGGUAGUUUAGCUUCAGCAGCAGGGCAGCAUGCAGUGGCCAUUGUGACACCUCAUUGUGCUGCGACAGGGGCAGUCUUGGCUCAGACUGCCAAUGUCCCAGCAGCAGCAGCAGCAGCAGGUUCUGUAUGUGGGUUUACGGGAAUGAGUGGGGCAUCAGUGGCCAACAGGGUUGCGUCAGAUCCCUGGGGCACUGUGGCGGCAACGACGCGCAUUUUGGCCGCAGUGGCUGAGAUAGGCAAGGCGGCGGCGGGCAUCGCGCUGGCUGGAGGUCUGGUGGUGAAGGUGGUAAAGGAAAAAGUCAGAAGUGGCACGGGGACAGCAGAAACAAGUCUCUCCGAGAGAAAGUCGUAUGAGAUCCACUGGAACAAAUAAAUACAGGCUGAGAGUGGAGUUGUAAUCCAGUGAAUGAGAUCAUAUUCAUAUCUUCUACUGCGCCUUUGAUGAAACCUUACACUGCACAGUAGCUCCCCUCACUGUAAGAUGUUGCCUGUGAAUGUAAACCACUUCACUCCAUAUGCAGAGGUAGUAGCCGGAGCAAUGUAAUAUAAAACAAUAUUAAAUACAUUAACAAGAAAUCACACAGUCUUGAAUGUUGGUUGGAACUGUUUUAGGCUGGUGACAGACUUCAGUGACAUUUGCAGUGGGAUGACUAAUGAAAUAUAUUUAGCUAAAAAGUGUUGUGAUUUCUUUCAGCUUUCUCAAACACAUUUGUAUCUAUAUUGAUUGUGAUAAGGUUUUUACUCAUCUCCCAACUGGUUGUUUUGGAACCAGGUUUUCUUGCACAUUUUUCUAAAAAUUAAUAAAAAGAAAUGAGAUAUUGACUUUAUUCAGAGUUCAACCAUGUUGGUUCAUUUGAAUGAAUGAGAUGAAUUUCAUAAAGGUUUAUGGUAUUUAUUUGGCCUCUAAAGAAUCACAGCGCUGUAAACGAAAUUGUAAAUAUAUAAAUUAUUAAUCGUAUUACAGUAAUUGAUGUUGAAAAGGAACAAGAGGCCUGAAGUAUUAAACGACAUGUCAAAUCCUAAAGGGUGAUGGUGGGCGGCUGUGUUUCAGUGUUUCACAUCCUGUAAUAUGUAAACCGGUAAAGAGUUGUUUUAGUUAUGCAUUAACAACCAGCACCGACUGCUGUAAAUGUGUCAACAGUUCACCAGUGUGUUGACUCUUGUUGCAGUGAAAUGAACAAUAAAGACAGUAUUCUUGCAUGACA